AUGGCCACGCACUCUGGUGACCCCCUGCAGGUCCUCCAGGCCGCGCUCCAUGCGCAGACGGACUCGCAGGAGCAGGCGGACUUGCUUGCGACCGUCCGGCAGUUCCUGGAGGCCAACCCCAGCACAAUCCCCAUCUUCUGUUCGACUAUCAUUCAACGCGUCAUCGGUGCACCCGAUACUCUUCUCAAACGAUGGCUCCUCGACUUGUUGCAUUUUGGGAUGAUACGCUCAUCCCUUUCACUCGAGGCACGCACCCAACUCGCGUCGCAGUUCUUGGAAGUUCUUGCUGGGCUGCUACAUGACCCUAGUCCACAUAUUGUGAAGACCAUAGUGCAGAUGUUUGGAACCAUCUACCCUCUUCUCUUCCGUUUCUUCUGCACGAACCGGAAUAACCGCCAUCACUGGGACAUCCUUACCCACUCCAAGACCCGCAUCCUCGAAUUCGUAUGGGCGUCGGGAGUGCACGCGGGUGUCCGGCUGGCGGCGGUGAAGUUCAUGCAGCGAGUAAUCUUGGUGCAGACACGCGGCAUUGCGGAUCCUAGGGUACUGCAAAACAAGAACGAUCCCAACUUGUCCAUGUGUCCUACAGACCACCCGUUUAUCCCCGUCGCGCAACUCGAGGCUGAGGCCAGCAGACUCAUUGAAGCAGUUAUUACGACGCUGUUCACGAAUCCAAACGUCGACCUUCUCUCUGCCAUUCUGAACAGCUGGUCAAACCUGAUAAAGCUUCGCCCGAACCUAGUCCAGCUCGUCGUGUCCACUCUGGCAUCAUGGACGCCAGCUGCCCUUGCAGGCCAAUCAUACAACAGUAUAAAAAGCGUUGAAAAGGCCGUGCGUAUACUUCUCAACCAUAUCCUGCGUGGACCUCAGGGUGCGCCCUUUCAGGCCCAAAUCAAUGAGGCGCUCUCUGUACAGGCAUCGCGGAUGGAACGAGCGGCAGCAGAAGAGAAAGCACGUAAGGCAGCACUGAAGCGUCCCCCUUCCGUGUCGACGGAUGAGAACAAAGCCGACCCAAAACGACAAAAGGUCGACCAUACUACGCCGCACGCCGCAUCGAUUUUGUCGGCAUUCGACUUCACGUCGUUGCCUGCAGCACUGAUCACGGAGUUGGUAGUCGCGAAUCUUCAGGCGUUUAGCGAGGAUGCUUUCACGGCAAUAAUGCAGGCGUACAAAGCAUCAAGCCCCCUUGCGCCCGCGCCCACACCAGCUGUGAUGCCCGCUGCUACGCCAGUCGCUGGCCCUUCAACUCUACCAUCGGCUGCUACUGACUCUGAGCAUGCAUCCAACAAACCCGAGGCGGCUGUCAUCGAUGAAGGGAAGGAGGAUAGGACUCUGUCGAUCGUGAAGGACGAGCCGGUCGAUCCUUUGCAGAUGGACAUUGACCAAGACGAGCUUGAAUACGAGCCAGAUAAGCUUAACCUCGAGCUGGCACCAAUGCAAGAAGAUGAAGAGCUGGCGGCGGUUACAACGCUGGACGCGAAAGAUAUCAUUUUGACUAACAUUAAAAUCCCGCCCCCACUAACACUCGCAGAGCCAGAACGAGAAGCGUUGGUCAAGAGGGGAGGGGGCCAGGAGCUGUGGAUGUUGCUCAUUAUCAGGAUGGUCACACGAGUGGUCGAUCCAGACCCAGAUGUACAAAUGCAGGACGAUACAGCAGAGGAGGAUAGCGAGGAAGUCAAAGACGCCAAGAUGGUCACUUUGUAUGAGAGACAGGACAAGCUGAGAAGAACGUUGUGCGACUAUAUCAUGACAGAUUUUUCCGGACGAAUACGACUUGCAACCACUUGGAUGAACGAGGAAUGGUACAAUGACCAGAUCCAGACAUCGAAGAACCGUGAUUGGCGACCGAACUACGAUACUUGGCUCAACCAGAUCGUUUCCGUAUAUCAAAAUCAGCUAGACGGCAAGGAUCGUGCCUUUGGACGAUUUUUACUCGACCUGCCACACGUUCCACCAGAUGUCUUCACUCUUCUGCGGGACUUGUGUGUGGAGCCUGACAGGAUGCAGGUCGGAUUCACGACACUUCGCGACUUUGUCACCCAGCGGCCAACAAUGCGCGCAGAGGCGCUGAACGUCCUUCUCGAGUUGACGACUCACCCUGAAAAGGUCACUCGAGGUGCAGCUAUCAUUACCGUCAAACGGUGGGUGGGUGAUGCCCAGCCAAUGGACGGCAUGAUCCGCGAGUUUGCGCUGCAACUGCUCCGACGGCUGCAGUCAAAGCCGAAAGCAGAGAAGCCUCAUGGGGAAGAUGUUCAGAUGAACGAACACGAGGACAAUAUUGAGGACGGUCAGCUACCACCGGACGAUAUCCUGCAGACGCCGUAUCUCCCCGAGCAACUGGAGCUGCCAGCGCAGAAGGCGCAGGUGUUGCAACAUCUUGAGCUCUUGUUUGCACUGUCUGUCAAGGUUUCGGACUUCCUCGAAGAGACUUUUGCAGCAUAUGGAGAGAUGGAUGUUACCGUGCAAGAAGCAGUACAGGACCUGAUUACCGCGCUCAUUCGUUCCUUAGGUCCGACACACGGAAAACUCCUGACCCUCAUGCGUACCUUCCCACCCGGCGCAGACACCCUCGCCCUUCGUGUUCUUAGCAUAUUCACUGAGCAUGGCCGGCCCUCUGCGCAAUUGGUCGCGCUCGUCAAGGCGCUUAUUGCGGAACGUGACCUGGACGCUCGGUUCCUCAUUCCAAUCAUCGCCGAGAUGGACAAGGCAGAUAUUGUAAAGCACUUGCCCAAGAUCGUGUCGAUCUUGAACGGGACACCAGAACCGAAGAAUCUCGUCCGGUCCGUGUUUGGUGCGAUCGUGACAACACCACCGCAGACGUUCGGAAGCGUGACAAGCAAUCUGCCAAGGGUAAGGCAGAGCGAGCUCUUGACGCCUGCUGAGCUCAUGGUACUGUUGCAUGAUUUCGAAAAAGAGAUAGGGUUGAAGAGUGCAAUCGAGGCUAUCGGGAUCUGUUUCUCGAUGACAGACGUGUUCCGAUCCGAGAUUCUUGCAGUGGUCAUGCAGCAGAUUGUCGAUGAGCCGGUCCUUCCAACGCUGUUUUUGCGAACUGUGAUCCAAGCAGUGACAACGUACAAGUCGCUUGUUGGCUUUGUAUCGACCACUUUGCUUUCACGACUGAUCACCAAAAAAAUCUGGAUGAACCCACCACUAUGGGAGGGGUUCAUACGAUGUGCCAAAGUCAUCGCUCCAGCGAGCUUUGGUGCUUUACUUCAACUUCCCAAGGAGCAGCUGCGUGAGCUUGUUGACAAACAGCCCAGUUUGAAGGCGGGUUUACGGGAGUACGUUAUGAAAAAGGCAGGGAACAAGGCGAGGGUUGCGGGAUACCUUGAUAUUUUCGGCGAAGACGAUAGUACUCCUACGAUCGCUGCUACUCCUCCAACUCCAACUCCACCUCUUGCUACCCCAACCUCAUCACCAGCACCCAUUCCGGCCAGCCCUGCAGUUUCAUAG